AUGUCAGUCGUCGAGGCGCAUGUUCAAUCAUCGAAAUACAAGACGUUGUUACCACCCAAGAGCGUCGACCUGUUCAACGUGUACGUCGCUUGGGAACCCCUCCCUCGACGGCUCAACCUGAAGAGGGAACGGCAGUCAAACAACACCGUCGAACAUGCCUUUUCGGCCGGUCAAACCCACGAGAAAAGGAGCCUCCCACGUGCACAUGGCAAGACGAUCGUCUCGAACAAGGACUGUAUCGCGGAAGAAGUCGAGGCUACUACUGGGGUUGCGAUGCUUGCGAAGGACGACACCCCCGUGCACCACCACCACUCAACCGGACUCAGGCGGAGCGGCGUAUUCAUCGUCAUCGACGCCGUCCACCACAAGAUGCAGAAGCGCAAGGAGGGCCAGGUCGAGGACUCGGCUCCAUGGCCGCUCAGCGAGGCCCCCACCGACGCGAUGGAGGUCGAUCCCCCGACGAAGGACGACGCACAGCCCACGGUUCCGGUCUGUUUCGGCCACUGUGAGGUCGAUGGCCCUGUCGCCGGCUUCACCCCGGACGCAAUGGAUGUCGACGCCCACUCCCGUCCGGCCCCUGCUUCGUCCGAGCUCGUGGAGGAGGACCGUCGCGCGGCGGUGGGCGUGUCACCGGCAGCCCCCCGCGCACAAGUUGCCGCAUUCUGCCUUGCAGUGUUCGAGUGGUGGCAACAGCAGCGGCUCGCCAGCUACGAGCGCGUCGGAUGGCCUCCCGAGCUCCGUCAUCCGAAGAACGGGGAUCUUGUGCGUCAACGGCCUGGAAUUGUCAUCGACGAGCUCAGGUCCCCGUUCCUCGUCAACACCGCUCGCGCCGACGGCCUCGUCGCCGCCGUCGGGAGCCUCCCCGCGCUCCGGGUGCUCGCCGUCAGCGUCUUGUGCCAUCUCCUCGCGGACCCCCCAUGCGCGGCCGAGGCGUUCAUGCGCGCCCUCGACCUGGACGCGUUCGCGCACCGGCUGUGCGUCGUAUGCCCCACCCUGCAGACGGUCUUCGUUCUGCUCAGCGGGGUACGCGGGCGCGCGAACGAGCGGGUGCAGCGCGGACCGAAGUGCACGGAGUUCGAGCUGUACGCGGACAGGAUGGGAAGUCCCAGGCACCGGGCUACGGAGGCGGUGGGGGAGGGGCUUUCUGCAGAACCGCGUGGCACGGAGCAUGAAGCUAGGGAGGUUGUCAGCGAGGGAGCUGUACAGGACGAGUCGUGA